AUGGCCCCCGACCGCAUCGAUGCGGUCGCGCCGUUGGGGAGCUUUGUUUCUCUAGACACCCGACAAAUGGACCCCUCCGUCGCGUCUGCAUUUAUUCGCGGUGACCACGCAGUUUCGCCACCUACCGCGAUCCCCGAGGCGCGUGCCUCAGCCAACUACAUCAAGGGCGUCUUCUCCCACGGCAAGGUUCUCGACCGACACGACACUGAUCUGCCCUCCCGCGCGGACGGGGAUCACUCCCAGAGCGACCAGCGUUCCAUAGCCGGGUCACAGGAGUCGAAUGUCACCAGCGUAUCCGACCAAAUCUUCACCCCGACACAGCCCAGCAGCAUCCAGAACAGCGCCGAUUCCGAUCCCAUGCAGCAGGUGAUCGCCUCCAGUCAGGACGACCAGCUGCUGCAGCUGUCAGAAUUGGCAGCUGGGAGGCAGCGAUUACAGACUGACAGUGCUCCCACCCCGCGGAAACGCAUGGCGGACGGCGAAUUGAAGAGCCCCUACAAGACCCAUUCGAGGAACGCGAGUGCCGUCAGCGCAGUCUCGACGGCCAGCACCGUCGGCGAUAUGGCUCAAACAUUGAAGAGCCGGUUAUCAUGGGCCAUGUACAAGUACAAGAAUGGUCUGGAGGAGAAGUCUAUUGGCGAAAUCGAGACCAUCAUGUCCUCUCAAUCAAGCUCCCCGGUUUCCACAGUAUCGACGAUCCGAACCCGACCUGUACUCGCUGGUCUUAACCCGCAGAUGCGGGUUCACUUCGCUAAAGACAUCAUGGAGCAGCAACAACACGUCUCAGAUACCCCCAUAAUAUCCUCCUCGGCCAAACCCAUAGCUCUCGCGCCUCCCGCUCCGAUCCGGCCGUCCAUUUCGUCCCAUGCACCACGGCCCAACCCGCGUCGGAAUUCAAACCCUCACUACAUGCCGACCUUCCUUACUGCCUCUCACCAAGCCUCGCCACGAACACCGGCCCAGCCGUCACCGCUGGGUGGCCAGUCGAGAGCACUUGCCAUGGCUGAGGGUGGUGUCUUCUCUGCGCACCACAACAAUAGAGAAAAGGAUGCCGUGGAGACCCUCAUGUUUCUCAGCAGCCCCAACAAUUCGGCCAAUUUGAAACACGACAUUUCGCCCUCACAUUCUCCUGGGCCUUUCGCCAGUCAAGACACUCCUCGGAGUUCCAAUGGUCGCCAUGCCUUGCCUAGUGGGCCGCGGAAAGCGCUGCCUACCCAUCGUCCAGACGUAUCAGCACGGAAAGCUCUGUACAGAGCCUCUUCUAACAUGUCUAGCAUCCAGGGCUCCCCAAUGAUCCUGGAUUCACCGCAUUCCCAACACUCACCCUAUCGAGGCACACCUAGGAAUCGUUUCAAUGGGGAAACCGGGCAUGUUCGGGGCGCGUUGUCCCUUCCAAGUCCCUUGGGUUGGACCAGCAAACCUCGACGGAAACCGCUGACUGAGGAGGAUGUGCUGAAGAUGCUGGAUCGAAACACGGAUGACAUGUGCCUCAGCUCUGACGAUGAGGGUGAUAUUGAAAUUCCUUGUCGAAGAAAUGGAGCUGGAAUUAGUCCCUCAUAG